AUGAAGGCCGCCGCCCAGGCUUCCCGCACCAAGCGGGCCGGCAACCCACUUCCGGCUCCCAGACCCGGCCUGGCCGGCGCCAACCGACCGCCCGCCACCAAGAAGACUGGAGAAAUCAGCGCUGCGAGGCUGCGCAAAUGGCUGGACAGCAAGGCCGUCCGGAGCAAGCUCAACGCCGAGCAGCACGAGUUCCUCAGCCUGGUCGUGGAGCGCGUGCUCGUGGAGUGCAACCUGGCCGAAGCGAGGGAUACCGUCAGGAAGAGCGAGGAGCCGCUGGUGUGGCUGCUGCACGGCCGCCCCGGCACCGGCAAGUCCCACGUGCUGAAGUUCGUGCGCGAGCUCUUCGAAUUAAGACUGGGCUACGUGCAAGGCAUCGACUUUGUAUUCGCUGCCUUCCAGGCCACGAACGCCCAGGACAUCGAUGGCGAGACGCUCCACGGGGCCUUCGGCAUCAGCCAAAACAGCAGAAGUCUCCUGCACACGGCCUGCGCGCCGGACACGUCCAAGCGCAUUGCCUUGUGGCGUUGGCUCGUCGUCGACGAGGUGGGCAUGAUCAGCGCGCGGCUGCUGGCACAAGUGGAGGUGCGUACGCAGGGGUGCCGGGACCCCCUCGUCGAGCACGGCCGCAGCCUCUUCUGGGGCGGCGCGGUGCAGGGCGUCACCGAGUUGCACGAGCGCUUGAGGUGCAAGGACGGGUGGUGGAACGAGGUCGUUGACGAAAUGAGGGACGGAAGGCUCUCGGAGAAGAACUACAAAUACCUCCACGGCAAGCGGGUGGAAGGCUGCACCCUCUCCCUAGAGGAGCGGCGAUCUCGACAGCGCGUCCUGGUGGACGGCCCCUGCGACCAACGCCUCAGCGAGGAGAAGUUCCUGAACGCCACCGUGGUCGUGGCGAACAACGACGCCAAAUACCAAAUCAACAAAGAUCGUGCCAAAGCCUAUGCCCUGGCCGCCGACACACCACUGACCUGGUCCGUGGCCAAGGACCGAGCCGGCGCGGAAGCGCUCCAGACCCAGGCCUGCGACAACCAGGCGAAAGUCCGAUGGCUGCAAUACCAUGACAUGGACACGGAGGGUCUCUGCGGCAUGCUUCCCUUGGCCGUCGGCAUGCCUGUAGCGCUGACACACCACGUGGAUCGCUCAAGGAAGUCGCUCUUGAAGGGCCGCAGAGGCCACGUGCAUUCUUGGGACUGGCUCGAGAACGACCAGCAACCGAGUGUGGUGUACGUGAAGUUCGAAGAUGCCGACUGGAAGCUCGACGGCACGAAGGAGAUGGGUCUCUACCCGAUCGCGCGGACCACGCGAAACUGGAAGCUGGACAAGAACCGGAGGCCACCGAAGCUUGGAGUCGACCGGGCGCAGAUCCCGCUCGUGCCGGCCUUCGCGAUCACGGCCCACGCCAGCCAAGGCAAGACGCUGACGGCCGUCCUGCUCGACCUGAACGUGGAUUCCAGGACCCACGCAGCCUACGGCACCGUGGUGGCGAGCCGGGUCCGGAGCAGAGAGGACUUGCUCAUCCUGCGGCCCUUCCCGCUCUGGCUCUUCCAGCGCGGAAGGCCCCGGGCUGCUCCUCCGCAGGCUGCGAGGCGACCACAUUGA